AUGAAUGUUGAUACUCAAGAAGUGAACAUUGUUUUGGACAAGGACAACACAGAGGUACAUAUUGAUAUUGCUAGCAGUGGAAACAAUGUUGAGAAAUUGACAGAAAAUGUUGAGGUUAAAAUACAAACAGAGAAAACAGAGCAUAUAGAGAAACCUUUGGACAGUGGAAUGAAUAUUGGUAGUAUAGAUGCUAGCACUGAGAAACCUACAGAGAUAGAGACAGAGAUACUGACAACUGAUAACAUAGAGAAACCAAUAGAGAAACCGACAGAGGCACAGGUACAUACUGAGACAGUGAAACUGGUAAUCACUGAGAAACCCAAACCAUUAAUAGCUAAAAUGGAAACUCAGACUAAUCCACCGGAGGUUGAUACAAGCAAAUUGGUUACUAAUACUGGAAGCACUAAAAUAAUAAAGAAGGUUGAUAAGGGUAAAGCAAAAGUUGGUAGUGUCCCCAAUAUAAUGGUCAAGGAUAACCUUCCUCCACUGGCUCAAAUUGAUAGUCAACUGGAAGAGAAGGCAAAGGAAAUGACAAGAGAUGGCAUUAAUCUAGAGUCAACUAUUCUUUUUACCAUGAAUGUGGACACUCAGGACUUGAACAUUGUGUUGGAUAAGGAAACUACAGAGGUAAAGAGAGUUGAAGCUACAAAUAUUGAGAUCUCUACGUCAUCGAUAAAUAUUGUUGAUUCUCAGCAGAAUACUAAGGAAAUGAUUGAAGUUAAGAAACCAGAAACCAUCCCUAAUGAUACGCAACUUAAUACUGAAAUAAUGGCAGAAGCACAAGAAGAAGCAGUAGCAGAAAAGGGACAUGAACAAAGUGUAGCUGAACCGAUAGUUAGUAAGGUAGAUAGUAAAGAUGAAAACAAAGUUGAAAAAUAG